CCUCCGCUCGCUGCCUGAGGGGGAGGCGGCGGCGGCGGCGGCUUCUUCUUCUUCCUCCUCCUCCUCCUCCUCCUCCUCCUCCUCCUCCACCGUCAUGCCCCGACGCGGCCCCAGAUAGGGGGCUCGGCCUCCCGCGCACGCCGGGCCUCAGCCGGCCCUCACCGACCGCAGGAUACCUGUGAUCUCUCGUAUGUGGAAAGAACGCUAGCACAAAGGUGAAAAAAUGGGUGUUAAAACAUUCACUCAUAAUUCCCCUGCUCACAGUCAGGAGAUGCUGGGAAAGCUGAACAUGCUCCGCAAUGAUGGACAUUUUUGUGAUAUCACCAUCCGCGUCCAGGACAAAAUCUUCAGGGCCCACAAGGUGGUUUUGGCAGCCUGCAGCGACUUCUUCCGUUCCAAACUCGUCGGCCAAGCAGAAGACGAGAGCAAGAGCGUGUUAGACCUGCACCAUGUGACAGUGACUGGCUUUAUACCUCUUCUGGAAUACGCUUACACAGCAACACUAUCUAUUAAUACAGAAAACAUUAUUGAUGUGUUGGCGGCAGCCAGCUACAUGCAGAUGUUCAGCGUUGCUAGCACGUGCUCAGAAUUCAUGAAGUCCAGCAUUUUAUGGAAUACGCCCAACAGCCAGCAAGAGAAGGUGCUGGAUGCAGGACAGGAGAACAGCGCAAACUGCAAUUUCACUUCUCGAGACGGCAGCCUCUCUCCCGUUUCUUCCGAGUGCAGUGUGGUGGAAAGAACCAUUCCUGUUUGCCGAGAGUCGCGGAGGAAGCGCAAAAGCUACAUAGUUAUGUCUCCCGAGAGCCCCCUUAAGUGCAACACCCAGACAAGUUCCCCCCAAGUGCUGAAUCCUUCAACUUCUUACCCGGAGUCCAGAAAUCAGCCCGUGGACUCAUCCUUAGCUUUUCCCUGGACUUUUCCUUUUGGAAUUGAUCGAAGACUUCAGUCUGAGAAGGUGAAACAGGCGGAGAACUCUAGGACUUUGGAAAUGCCUGGGCCCUCUGAGUCCAACAGAAGAAUUGCAGAUUACGUGACUUGUGAGAGCACAAAAGCCAGUUCUCCCCUGGUGAUUGAAGAAGACGUGCGUGUCAAAGUGGAAAGGUUAAGCGAUGAGGAGGUUCACGAGGAGGUAUCGCAGCCUGUUAGUGCAUCCCAGAGCUCUCUGAGCGAUCAACAGACAGUCCCAGGAAGCGAGCAAGUGCAGGAAGAUCUCCUGAUCAGCCCGCAGUCUUCCUCUAUAGGCUCAAUAGAUGAGGGGGUUACGGAGGGAUUACCCACACUCCAAAGUACCUCUGGCACUAACGCUCAUGCAGAUGAUGAUGAUCGUUUGGAGAACGUUCAGUAUCCCUACCAACUCUACAUUGCUCCUUCUACCAGCAGCACAGAGAGACCCAGCCCAAAUGGUCCAGACAGACCUUUUCAGUGUCCAACCUGUGGGGUCCGGUUCACUCGCAUUCAGAACUUAAAACAACACAUGCUUAUCCACUCAGGCAUUAAACCAUUUCAGUGUGACCGCUGUGGGAAAAAGUUCACCCGAGCUUACUCGCUAAAGAUGCAUCGCCUGAAGCACGAAGGUAAACGCUGUUUCCGGUGCCAGAUAUGUAGUGCCACUUUCACUUCCUUCGGGGAAUAUAAACACCACAUGCGGGUUUCCCGGCACAUUAUCCGCAAGCCUCGGAUUUACGAGUGCAAAACAUGUGGCGCCAUGUUCACCAACUCUGGAAAUUUAAUCGUUCACCUGAGGAGCUUGAACCAUGAAGCGUCAGAGCUAGCAAACUACUUCCAGAGCAGUGACUUCCUAGUACCGGACUACUUAAACCAGGAACAAGAAGAGACCCUCGGGCAGUAUGAGCUAGGGGAGCAUGGCUUUGAAAGCAACUCUUCUGUCCAAAUGCCUGUCAUUUCACAGGUGUCGUCAACACAGAAUUGUGAAAGCACUUUCCCCUUGGGGUCUCUGGGUGGGUUGGCAGAGAAGGAAGAAGAUGUGCCAGAGCAGCCAAAGACUAACGCCACUGCUGAGGCAGCCGCAGGUGACCCUCCGAAACCGGAGCUGUCAUCUAUUACUAUUGAAUAAUUCAUGGUUUGGUUUCAUUUUUGUUCUUUGGAAAGUGCCUGUGUUUGGUCCUGUACAUUUAAUUUAAUUUUUUUAAAAAGUGGGGAGAUUUUCCCUUUUUACUUUGUAAGCUACGCUUUAAACAGAAAACUGCAACAGAUGUUACAUUAUUUUUCAUGACUGAAUGAUCACUUCUGUGAAAAUAUUUAAGACUGAAUGCACAAAAAGAUCUUGUCAGAACAUCAUGGAAGCUGUGAUACACUUCUAAAGAAGAACAACUGAUUCAGAUCACUUAAACUAUUUCUUCUUCCAGUUAGAGCAGCUCAUUAAGUUUCUCUUGCUUCUGCAGACCCUCUGGUUAAGGGAAAGAAAUCAGAGGAAACCUUUUUAAAAUGACAAACAAAAGGAUGCAUUGGAAAUCGUUAUUGAACAGUUUUGACUAGUUUUGAGUGGAUGCUUUAAUCUUCUGCAUAAAAAAAAAUGACACUUCCUAUCUCUGUGCCUGCUGUUUUUCAAAGCGCUUACUGUAGCCCUUUUCGUGGAGAUGGUAAGCAUUUUUGAAACUAACAGUCACGAGCUUUUUAAAAACACAUUGUCCCUUUUCAUCUCAGAUGAAUCAGUUUUGACAAACCAAGUGAUGUCAUGCCAGGUAUUCCUACUUCUUGUAUUCCAGUCCUUUUAGAAACUGCUUGAUCAAAUAGCCUGUCUAGAUUUGCCCAUUUAAGGUUAAAUGUGGAAAUACUAUGGUCAGGAAAAGUCUACUGGUGCAUAAUGAAUUGAGGAUGAUAGAAAAGUAUAUAUCAGUGCAAGCCUGACAAAUAUCUCAUGACUGUAUCUUUCUGUAGGAGGGGAACCACAUAUGAAAAUGAGGGUUUUCUCAAAGUGGAAUGCUUAAAUCGUGGCCAGAUUGUUUGCAGUUCCGGUCACUUCCCCCUAUCAUAUAUACUGUAUUUUUACUAAUCUCCAAAAGCUAGCUAGAGGGAGUUUACAGAUGGGAAAAAAUGAGCUCUUUUGUGCAUUAUUGCACAUUUUUUUAUUUAUACAUAUGCAUGUAUAGUUUCUGAGAUUUUUAUUAGUCUGUUUUGGACAAAACAAGCAAUUUAUUCUCUUUAGCGGCCAACUUUCUAACCCAAUAGGGGGUUGUUUACAAAAAGCCUAUAUAGCAAUGAUGAAUUGUUCCUGUUUCAAAACAGUUUAAAUCCUUGCCAACUCGGUUUAUUAAAGGCCAUUACUCCAGCUACAUACACAGCUCAAGUAAGCAAUAAAUUGAGAGAUUUGCAAUUUCAUUUUUCCAUAUUUAGAAAAAGCUACAAAUUUAGGGUGUGGGAUUUUCAGAGCAGUGAGUCCUGUUUUGUCGAGGCUGUUUGGGUUAUAGUACUGCUUUGAAAUCUGAACUAGGAAAUAAAUUAGGAGGUUAGUGAUUUUUCUUGUUGCUUCUGAAGUUAACUCAGUGUUUGAUGCCAAAUGCCUAUCGCCUACAGAUGACAUGCUGAGCGAGUAGGUAUUACUUGAUCUUAGUAUUCCAAAGGCAUGGUAUACUCCCUUAGUUUUGAAUCUUGUAUUUUUUAAAUUGUUUUCUGUCUGGAUUUGUUCUACGCAAACACGAGGAGGAAAUGAAACCAAUAGAGACAGGUUGCUCCUGAAGAAACAGAAGACACAAGAGCCGUAUUUUAUCGCAAGAUCAAUUUGUAUUCAGUUAGCUUAGGCAGCUCUGGUACUCUCUAGGUCUGCGUUAUUUCUACUAAUAGCCAACUUUUGUAAGGAAAAAAGUUUAUUGCCCUUUGGAAGGAGUUUAAAGAGUUUCAGUGACUUUAACAAUUUUUCUCUGCCGUGUUUUAGGUAAAACCCACAUAUUUUAGUUAAAUAGAGCAAAACCAGUGGGAUUUAAGUCCUUUCCAAGUUACUGGAGUGAAGUUUCUCCACCAGGUCCAAAGGGUGUUUUAGGAACAUGCUGCAAAGAAGUUCUCUGCUACAAUUCAGUCUUGUAUGUCUACCUUUGUAAGUCGUCUUAAAAGGGCUCGAAGGAGAAAUUCUUCUUUUGGGAUGCUGUACUGUGAAUUAGUCCAGUGUCCGUCGAUGGGCUGAAUUUAAAGACCAGCUCUCUUCCACUUCUGAUUUCUGUAACUGAGAAGCCAAUGAGACAAAACAAUGCCUUUUGCUGAGUUUUAUCCUGAAUUAUAGGGCUAUGACAGUGAACUCAAAUACAUAAUAUUUUUUUUUUUUUUCUGAUUAGUGUUAGUCCACUUUGCAGGUAUAUGAGAAUCCUUGGUGAUUCGUGCAGUAAAAAGUGCUUCACAUAGAAACACAUUUCUAGACUGUACAGAUGAAAUAAUCGAAGGUGGUCAGAUAUAGAUGGGCGUAAUCUUUGGUCAGAAUCUGAUAAUUUUCACCCAUUAGGUAUUUUGCUAAGCAGUUUAUCAGCGAGGAGGCGUGCAAAUACAAAAUAGACAUAUCUGGGUAUUGGAUUUUUAAGACUUUAAAAUUUUGUGUCAGAAGGCAAACUGCUUUCUGAAUACCAAAGAGAAGGGGAAAAAAAGUUUAGAAGACUGUGUAGCUCUAAUCUGUUCUUCCUUGAAAAGAAAUGAGUAUCAUUAACUGUUAACACCUUGGUGCAGGGCAAGUCAUGGGUUUCGUUGUUCAUUGCACUGUGUUACACAUUAUCUUUUCAAGCCUGUAAUCUCUGUGUAGCAUCUUAAUUUAGUUCUCACUUUACAGUCUGAUUCAACUGCAGGAACAAUAGAGUUCUAGAGGAUUUUUGUUUGUUUGUUUGUUUUAGGGUUGGGUUUACCUGUUAAUUUUCCUGUUUGUAAUUGUUUCUUGUUAAUAUCUCUCUUCUCCACAGAAGUGAACACAGAUUAAAUACAAAUAUUGUUUUACUUCUCCUUCCUAACUUGUUGGAAGCAUUCAGUUCUUUGAAAUACUGAUGUUCUUCACAGGAGAGAUGUAAAAACAUAGACAAAACAAUCUCUGUUGCUAGUAUGCUUAGAUUCCAAAUUGUGUGAGUUAGAUAUCUAACUAAGCUAGAAGAAACUUGCCUUAAACUACACUUGAGACUAAACCUAAAGCAUAUGUUUCUUUCAAUACGUUAUGAGAAGGUUUUGAACUCUGGACUGCAUUUUCUUUUUUUUUCUCUUUUUUUUCUUCCCGGCCUACACUUCCCCCCACCCCCUAUCAGCAUUUGCAUAUGCAAAUAUUAAAAUAUAUAAAAGAAAUAAUGUAAGCAUUUGUAUUUCUGCUUGACAGGGAUCACAGAUUAGUUGAGAUUGGAAGGGACUCUGGAGGUGAUCUAGUUCAACCCCCAAGCUGAGAGCAGAGUCAGUGAGAACAGGCUGCUCAGUCCAGUCAGGUUUGGAAUAUCUGCAAAGAUGGGCACUCCCCAGCUUCUCUGGGAAACCUCUUCCAGUGUUUGACCACCCUCACCAUAAAAAAGCUUUUAGUAUGUUUAAGAUUUCUUGUAUUGCAGUUUGUGCCCAGUGAGAAAGUCCUGGCUCCAUCUUCUUUGCCCCCUUCUAUCCAGUUCUACACGUCCAUAAGAUCCCCCAAGCAGAACAGCGUGAUCACUCUCAGCCUGGAUGGCAGAUGCUCUGGACCUUUCGUCAUCUUUGUAGCCCGUAUGAGUUGUUUAGAAUUUCUUCCAAAAGGCUUACACGUAUGACCCAUUGCAGCAGUUUCUUUGCCGAUGAGUAGUCUCCAGAUUCAUUCACAAAGUGAUUUAUGCCUUGCUUUUGCAUAUCCUUCUCCCAUGUGGCACCAAUCUCUGGACUCAGUGGAAAAUCCUUUCCUUGCCCAUCUAUUUUGCAAGCAGAGUGCCUUCACUACCACAGAACUAGCAAGGUUCUGCCGUAUGCCAGGGACCCGGAUUCUUGAAGUCUGUGCAGGGUCUUUACUCCUUGCAUAUUGUGUAGAGCAGUACAUCUGAUGGGAACAAUGGGAAAGGAAAGGAUAGGGUUUUUUCCUGAUUUAAUAUGGUGUUUUGGGAGAGGGGAAAAAAAAAAAAAAAUCAGCAGCUUUCUAUUUCCCUGCAGAGAGUGGAAGAAAAAGAAGUGAUGUUUCAGCUGUGCGGGAGAUUUGGCCAAGUUGUAAGGGUUUGUUUUGUUUUUUGAUGCAGAUGCAUAGCACAACGCCCCUGGAAAUCCAUGGGGAUGCCUACACAUUUAGCAAAUGAAGCUCCCCGUCAGAACUGCUUGUCACUGUUCUUACACCACGUGAAAAAAGAUGUGUGCUCCUGAUGAUUUGUCUGUCUUACUACAGUUUGAGUUCAGUUGUCAGGCUCGCAGAUACUAUGGUCAAGUCUCUCAUACUGAGAGAUUAGUAGACUAGGUUAUUGAAAAUGGUUCUGGGUUCACAUGUAUCUUGAGUCUAAAAGGUGUGAAUUUAAACUUUUUUAAAAAGUAAUAGCUGCCAAUGCAGUAAAAUAUAUUUUAUAAGACUAUGAUCCCUAUAUAUCCCUUACGGGAUAAAAUUUUAUUGUUUUUAAGCUAUAGUUUCAAGUUUUUAUAUGAGGGCUUCAGUCGCUUCUUGGUUGCUGGCUUUCCCCUCCAGCCCCAGGAUGCAAGAGCACUGAGACUAUUGCCAGUCUCUCUCUGAGACAAACCAUGAAGCAUUUUAUAUGCAAAUAGAACGGGAGCUUUGUGCACCCUGCAGGGAUGGAGAAAAUGCAGAUGUGGGAGCACCUGUCGCUCCUACAUCCAUUUGCAACUUCCACACCAUCAGAAUAUGGAAAAUAGCUAAUUUUCAUUCCGAUCGAUUAAGUUCGAGUUUUGCUUACAAGGUGAAACCCGGUUUUGGAGGGUUCUCAUCUCCAAUUAUGGACAUAGUAAAUUCCAUAGCAUCUUGAUGACAGAUAAGAAGGUUCAAGGCCGGACGGUGCCUCAGCCACAUCAGAGGUCCCUAGUAAACAGAGUCGGUUCAAAGUAUUUGAGGAAAUGUACCAUAAAAAAAAAAAACAAAUGUGAAUUUUUUUAAUGCAACAGUACUUACUGCUCUGGGUUUUUGUUAACUCAAUGUGUGCUAUCACAGUAAUUCAGUGUCCCACAGGUCUCAACUACAAAUCUGGUUGCACUUAAAAAAAAAAAAAGCCGAAUCAGUUCCUGGUGCUGCCAGCCUGUGUGACAGCUGUACGUACAGUCUUCCUGAGGGUUGCUGAAGUCCCCAGAGGAGUGAUUUUGUUUAACCAUUCGUUUAGCUGAUGCAUGCUUUUGAUAUUCUGACUUACAGCCCUGGCUACACCAAGUUCUUGGACAGCUUCUUUGCCCUGUUCCUGCAGUGCCUUCGCUCUAGGUGCUGCCCUAUGGUGAAACCCCGAAGAGGGAAAAGAGUAAGCUGGAGGAAAAAAUGUGAAUUAAAUUAUUGUUGGGCUUCUUUGUGCAUUUUAGUAACAGUGAAACCCCCUUAACUGUGCCAGUCUCCGGUCACCAGCCGUAUAUCCAGUCGUCAUCUCAUCCACAGUACAGCUUCUCUUGUUGAUGCUGGCCACAGCUAGAUUACUUGGCAUGUUUAUUGACUUAACAGAAUUGUUUUUUGGUUUUGGUUUUGUUUUUUAAUGUAUACGAUGUUUAAAUACACUUCACAUUUUAUAUAAUACUAUCUGGCUAUUAGUAUUUUUCAGGAACCAUAGUUCUUGGUGGCUAUAUAUAUUUUUGUGACUUUUUUUGUAAACUAAGUGCCGUUUCAACGUUACAAUCAUUUUUAGAGUUAUUGUAAUCAAUGUGAAUAUCAUGUUUUUUCAAAUCUGUUCUGAGCCUGUAGUGUUUGCUUUGUGAUCAUACGUGUAAUGUAUAUAUUCUGUAUAGUUACAUUGUAUUGAAAUACUAGCUUGUUUGAUAUAAGAAAAGUAUGUAUUGGGUACCUUUUUGCUAGCCUGGUUGUUUAAUCUUUAAAAAAAAAUGUUCUAAAAUACAAAAAAAAAAAGAAUCUCCAAACUGGUCCCAUUAUAGGUCAAAAUUAAGGGGGGAGAAAAACUAGUUUUGAGUGUCUUUGGAUAGAAACAUGAAGCUAAGAUUUUUCAUUAAAAUAUUAAUGUUUUAUGGAGUA